GGCUCUUUCUCAGAUAACUGGAAUAUUCUCAUUUACCAUAGAAAGGUAGAGAUCAUGGCGGUGGACUCUGCUGUCAAUGUUUCAGACGCUGCUGCACCUUAUGGAGGAAAAAGUGCUUUUACUCAGCUGGAGCACAACAUAGUAGCUGGAUAUCUGAUUACUGCAGGUGUCAUCAGUUUAUCCAGCAACGUCCUAGUUCUGCUGAUGUUUGUAAAGUUCAGAGAGCUGCGCACCGCCACCAACAUCAUCAUCAUCAACCUGGCUUUUACCGACGUUGGAGUGGCAGGAAUCGGUUAUCCCAUGUCAGCGGCCUCCGACAUCCACGGCAGCUGGAAGUUUGGAUACACCGGCUGUCAGAUCUAUGCAGCUCUCAACAUCUUUUUUGGCAUGGCCAGCAUCGGCUUGCUGACUGUGGUUGCCAUUGAUCGCUACCUCACCAUCUGCAGGCCGGACUUAGGGCAGAAAAUGACCAUGCAAUCAUACAACCUUCUCAUUUUGGCUGCGUGGCUGAAUGCUGUGUUCUGGUCCUCCAUGCCCAUAGUGGGCUGGGCAGGUUACGCUCCGGAUCCCACUGGGGCUACAUGCACCAUCAACUGGAGACAGAAUGAUGCCUCCUUUGUCUCGUACACAAUGGCAGUGAUAGCUGUGAACUUUGUGGUUCCUCUGACCGUCAUGUUCUACUGUUACUACAACGUGUCCGCCACUGUCAAGAGAUACAAGGCCAGCAACUGUUUGGACAGCAUCAACAUUGACUGGUCUGACCAGAUGGACGUCACCAAGAUGUCCAUCGUAAUGAUCGUCAUGUUCCUGGUUGCCUGGUCUCCGUACUCCAUGGUGUGUCUUUGGGCAUCCUUUGGUGACCCUAAGACCAUACCUGCCCCCAUGGCAAUCAUCGCCCCCCUCUUUGCCAAGUCCUCCACCUUUUACAAUCCAUGCAUUUAUGUCAUUGCCAACAAAAAAUUUAGAAGAGCCAUCAUUGGAAUGAUCCGGUGUCAAACCAGGCAGCGGAUCACUAUCAGCACUCAGGUUCCCAUGACGAUCUCCCAGCAGCCUCUGACCCAAUGAAAUUCAAACGUGUCAUUGUUAAACUUUGUAAACAAAUGUUGUGUUGUCAAUGUUUUACUCUCUGCUGUCGCUCUUCUGUCAAAUGCACUGUAGUGUUUACUGUGUAAACUCUGCAUGCUUCAGUCAUGGCUGGCCUGCAUUAUAAAACUGUUAUUGGAUUGGAAGUAUCCUGCAGAAGUCCAAAACGCUCAACUAGUUGUCAUGUCCACACGCUCCAGCUCUGCGUUGGAUGCAGCACCUGCAGCGAUACAGCUUUCAGAAACACAAAAUCCUUUAUUUUCAAUAAAAAUUUCAAAUUCCACUGAGGUACAAGAACAUUAAAUGAAGUAUAAUGUGAAAUUCAGGCUCCAAGCUCUUCUCAGAAGCCUUGAUGGAAGGGGUUAUUUGCAUGGUGGUGGAGGGGGGGAAUGAACUGAGUCCUUAAAGGCAAUAAUGAGAAGGAAGAUAAGACACUUAUAGAAGUCUGAGUGAGCUGAAAAGAGCAUUUAUUCCCACUGAAGACAAUCUACUCUAAAUUUUUUCUCUUCAUAACUAAACAGCCCAAAAUUCAGAUCUUUAUACUGAAUUUUAAAUGCCGCACUAUGGAAGGCAGACAACACAAUGGAACCCUCCAUCUUUAAAAGAGGUCAUCUUUUAUAGGUGGUUGGCUCCACCCUUAUAAAACCAACCCAAUUACCAAUCAAAAGCAAAUACCUUUCCUAAGAAACAAACAUUCACAUGCAAUUUAACAACAAUCUUUAAACAAAAACACAGAAUAGAAAUAAUUUUGAAUUUAAAACAGGCCUGUCAAUGGAAACCAAAAUAGGUGGGUCCACUGGACCUCCUGGAUACAUGAAGUGCUAAGAAACCAGGGGGGUAUUCCAGGAAGCAUGUUUAAACUAGCCUGACUUUGAGCCUGAACUCUGGCU